GAGGAGGAGCUCAAGCAAUCCCAACGUCCAGAGAGCCGAUCUCUCAUUUUUGUGAGGGAUCGCAAGCCAUUUCGCGGCAUGGAUUGUGUUGUGUUUGCGUGCCGUAGAAUUUGUUAGGUUGCAGAGGCAGCAAUGGCGCCAUUGAUUCGUGGCUGCGGGAAGAAGGACGCCAUGAGGAGACUGGCGCUGCAGAAUCGCGUGACGUAUCAUGCUGUGUUGAAUCGGUGGAUUUCGUGCGUGGCGGAGCAUGUUGGAUGUGGAAAUCAGACGGAAAAUGUCUGGGGAAAUAAUGGAGCGUUCGCUGAGGAGGUUAAGGUGGCGUUACCGAGAGUUGGAACUACGUUGCAAAAGGGAUUGAGGUUGGAGGGGGGGAUAAGAGGCGGACGUGAUCGAGGCGCGAGGGCGACGGCAUUUUCGACCUCUGCGAAACCGCCGUCGUCGGUGGAGGAUGAUGUUAGUGAGAAGCACGAGGGGCAGAGUGUUGUCCCGUCGCGGCGAGUGUCGUGGACCCUGGGCCCCGGGCAGCAGCCGGUGCCCGUGGCAGCGUCUGAUGGAGGAGAAGGUUACGAGGAUAUGUCUUCGAGCUUGUGGCCUGGCAUGUAUCACUCGCCUGUGACAGCCGCAUUGUGGCAAGCUAGGGCGAGCAUCAGGGAACGGGAUGGGAAGCGUGGUGCAGGUUCUUCCCCCACGGAGCUGAUACGGCGAACGCCAUCUACGAGCCGGACGACUGUGUUGUAUGGGUUAGCGAGUGAUGCAAUUUUGAGGGAGCAAUACCGGAAUCCUUGGAACGGGUGCCGCAUUGGAAAGCUGCUCGAGGAUUUGGAUGCAUUGGCGGGUACCAUCGCUAUGAAGCAUUGUUCAGAUGACAAUCACAUGACUCAGCCGCUGCUUUUAGUAACUGCCUCCGUCGACAAAAUCAGCACGAAGAAACCCCUCAGCGUAGAGAUGGAUCUUAUGAUGAGAGGUGUAGUUGCAUGGGUUGGUCGAUCUUCCAUGGAGAUUCGGAUGGAGGUUAUUCAACCAGUAGCAGAGAAGCCUGAGAAGGAGAAUAUUGCCUUGGUUGCGAACUUCACGUUUGUGGCACGGGAUUCUGAAACUAAGAAGUCAGCUCCUGUGAACCAGCUGGUUCCAGAGACAGAAGCGGAAAUGAGCUUGUUCGCAGAAGGGGAGUCUAGAAAUGAGCAUCGGAAACAGCGUCGGCAGCAAGGCAGUUUAGACGCGUCCAAAGAAGCAGUAAAUCAGAAAAGGCUCAAAGAUAUACUAGCUGAGGGCCGCAUAUUGUGCGACAUGCCAGCGCUUGCAGACCGUGACACUGUGCUAAUUCGCCAGACAAAGCUUGAGAAUGCAUUAAUUUGUCAACCUCAGCAACGAAAUAUGCAUGGACGGAUCUUUGGGGGCUUCCUCAUGCGACGUGCCUACGAGCUAGCUUUUGCUACAUGCUAUGUGUUCGCUGGGGCACGUCCUAUUUUUCGUGAGGUUGAUCAUGUAGACUUUCGAAAACCGGUGGAUGUUGGAAACCUGCUUCGAUUCAAGGCAUGCGUUCUUUACACGGAAGUAGACAGAGUGGAUCGGCCUCUCAUACAUGUUGAAGUUGUUGCCAAUGUCACUCAACCUGAAGCAAGAACCAGUGAGGUCUCCAACACUUUUUACUUCACCUUUUCAGUCGACUCUGAGAUUUCAAAAACUGGAAUCAUGCCAGUGCGGCGUGUACUUCCAGAGACUGAAGAGGAGGCACGAGGUUAUCUUGCACGAUAUGAUGCCGAUCACGUGGUCACACAUACUGCGCCCUCUCCCUGACUUGUUAUGUAUUUAAAUCAAGAAGCUUUGAGAGUUCUGCUUUGUGAAAUUGAAAGUAAAGGCCCGUCCAGCUCAGAGGUUUCUUAUGCCUGAAUAUCAUCUCUUGCAGCGAAGGCCUUCCCUCCAUGUGUAUCUUAUGUCAACCUCACUCUCCGCAUUAAUCACGAUAGACAGCGGGAGGGAUUUCAGGUGCAUAUUGACAAUUGUGCGCAUGCACAAUUGUAGCGUACAAAAUUAAAGAUUUCUGGCAUAUUUAGAACCACACAGAUAGGAAGACAUAUCUUUCAUCCAUGUAUACUGUUGGGCCCAAGUACUGGUGCAGGCUUCCAUCUCUAAAGACAUGGAACAAGACCAUUAGAGUGAGAUGAUCUUGUGCGUUUUGAGGGUUUAUAAAAUGCAAUUUUGCAUUUGAAAGGUGGAUUGUCUGUUAGUUGCAAAAAAAAAAAGAAAAAAAAAGAAAAGAAGUUGAUAGAUGGUAACAAUGAAGGAAUGGAGAGUAGUAGGGCCAAUAAUCAUUUGAGAAUUUUAAAAUCCUUGAAGAGUUUAGAUUCUGAAAUGGAUCUUGUAGGUUCUUUAGAUGGAUUAUUUACCAUUGAUCUUAAGACAAAGUUGA